AUGUAUUUGAACAUAGUGCAGUCGGCGUGGUCACACUCUGCUGCUAAAGGGAAGCGAUCAAACUUCAGCAUUAUUUCCCGCUUUGCGAUACAGCGUUUGGCAAAUGUUUUAAUCCAUUUCUCUCUGCUGACCCUCUCACCUGGACGUGCUAGUAGGGAAUCAAUGAUGCAAGACCUGCAGACUCUAGCCACCCUUUUACCCGGUUGCUACAGCAACGUUGAGCAGUACUACAAGCACGUCAAGAGAGGACUACCCCCAGAAAAACGCCAUUUCAUGCUGAAAGCAGAAAUUUACAAAAUGGCGAAUCCGAUGUUCAACGACUCUGUGACCUUUUAUUUCCAAGAUUUCACCAGAUCGACCUCUGAACCCUUUCGGUCAGGAUUUUACAGUUUUUCAGCUGAAACCAAAAUGAACAUAGUUAAAAUGAAGACAUUUCAGUUAAAAAAUAACGCUUUUAUUGCCAACGCUUUUCAAAAAUCCUGGAAUUUCACACUGGGUAGUGACGUAACGGCAGAGGUGAUAUCCAGUUUAGGGUUGGACAAUGGGGGUUUGAGGACCUACGGCGCCUGUGAUAUGUUCUGGAAACGGAUGGGAGACAACACAUUUAUAGGAAUAACCGGACCUUUGUGUCUGGGCACGUUGGGCACAGACCAGGUCCGCAUCGGCGUGUCCAUGACCUUAACGCCGGACAAACUGCUUCUAACUGACAGCUGGUAUAAACUCACCGACGGUACUCAAAUCACGGAGCUCAAAGUGCCCUACAUUCUCCAAAAGUUAGCCCUGCCCAGUAAACCCGGCGCCAUGACAGAAAAAUCAACAACUUCUCUUCAGGAUCAAAUGUCCAACGACAUUGAUACACCAACAGAAACGAAACAAUCUUUACAACAAAACAACCCCAGACAUGAAAAUAGCUACAAGCCCUUACGUUCGAAAACCGAUAAAACCUACAAGCCAGGGAAACAAAAGAGAAGCCACAGCGAGAAAAGGACUACACAACAUCGGAUACUGCGUAAUUUUCAACAAGUUGCUGCAGCACUAACUUCCGGUCAUGAUGUUUACUUCCGGGUCGAGUUGUCAGCGUGUACUAUUCCACAACAAGUGAAAGUUGACAGGUUGUCGUUUGGUGGGAUGAUCAAAAACUUCGUCUUUGUCAGGCAGGAUGGCUACAGGAACGGAAGAAAAGAUUACAUUUACUUUCUGUCACACAAAACUGUGAUGGGAAACCAAGGGCCAGAGUUCAUCAGCCGGCAGCUGACCUUGCUCCGUGAAGGUCGGGUCAAGGUUGAGAUUACUAAACGAUUUUCUGAACCAACCAAGGUCAAACAGGGAUACGCUUUUGAAUGCAAACUGUACGAUGACCAGAAAGGAUAUGGCGGGGUCAAGCUGGCCUUAGACCCGACCAGCCACAUCCAGACGAUCAACAGUUUCCAUAACCUGGCCUCGUCUGUAGGUCAUGGCCGAGACCUUCACAUUGUGGCCGACCUUGCUCGGUGUCAAGGUUCAAGGAAACGGCCGGCAGUAGUCAUGGGAAGCCAGAUUACAAAUUAUGAUUUCGUCAACAACGGAAAGACAGUGGAGAUUUUCAUUCCUUUCGUUCAAAUGAUGACGUCAACAUCGGAUGAGACAAAAACUUCCGUGCAAGGAUUUAUGGGACAGAUCCUGAAAAACAGCGACGUUAUACUUACUUUGAUUACUAACAGCCAAUCCACGAACAGUUUGGAUAAUGUAUUCAAUUUAAGCUCCGCCUACCAAUGCACUCUGUCUAAUAGAAAUGAAGUUUUAACAAACGAUGUAAAUGAACACAGUGUGAAGUUGUUCUACUCCAAAUAA